AUGCGUCUUCAUUUGACGUUAUUGCUCAUCAUAUUCUCUAUUUUAAUAUUAUUCUCAUCCGCCAAACCAGUUUUUGGUCCGAUCGGAGUCGCCGAGAAGCACAAAAUCGCGAAAAUGUUGGAGAGCGAACAGAAAUCAUUACGAAUGCUCGAAGAGGAACAGGCACUUCUGGAAAGGGUCGUUGAGACAUUGAGUAAAGAAAUUGAAGAUAAAGAGGAGCAUAUUAAUAAAUUGAAAAGAUCAUACACUCAUGGUCAUGGAGUUUCUGGUAUAAUGGAUGAGUACCGCAGUGGUUUCAACGAUGCAGUUGGAGCUCGUCCUGGUCGAUGA